GUUGCGGGCUCGAAGCAGACGACACUACCACUCAGGACUCAGCGUGCCACCCCCCGUGUGCAGAGGAUACCGACACCGUGCAUUUUUCAAGACUGGCAUAUCGCCCCUCAAAACCAGCAAGAUCUGCGUUUCCUGGAUAUGGAUGAUCUUGUGUUCAGGUUUCUGUACCUUCUUCACGAAACAUCUGAAAUACUGAGAUGAUUUAAUGGCCGAAUCGAAUGUGGACAGCUAUGACUACUGAAAACUGACGGCAACGUACCCUCAUCCCCUAAACCCUGUCCUGUCAAAUGCCAAGCUAAACAUGUCAGCCAAGAAACCUCUUGAAACAAGCAACCCGCAGGAACUCCUUGCCCUUUGCUCCAACCUUUAUGACAGAAACGCCUCGGCUAUUCAGAUAAAAGUGAACAACUAUCUGAAACAAAAAUGUGGAGCCCAGCUAGUAUUCCUUGUGCAAUUGCUCAAGGAAAGAGAGGAAGCAGUGGUACAAGUUAUUGGUGAUAAGGUCCUAGAAAAAGAAAUGAGAUUUCCUGUGACAAACAACUGUUUACAUGCAGUUAUGCAAAGAAGAACUUCCCUUUCUGCUGAUGCCUGUGACUUGGAUCCAGAACUCCACGCAAGUCUGAGACGGGUUAUAAAUCCUCUACCAGAACAGUUCCUGGUUGUUCCUGUGUGGCAUCCCUCUGAGGACAGUAUAUGUUUGGUGGCCUGCCUCGUUGAGUAUGAAAAUUCAGAAGAAUUCUGUUCACAUGUUGUCACUGAAUGCUUCAGGUAUUGUAUUGGCACUGUUCUGAACACAUUAGCCUAUGAGGGAGAAAUGCGCUUGAAACUUCAAUGCCAAAAUCUUUUAAUCAUCGCCCGUAAACUUGUGUCACACUUAGGGGAAUUCACGGACCUGUGUAGAGAGAUUAUGCUAGAAGCUAAGAAACUGACAUUAGCAGAACGUUGCUCCAUAUUUCUGUUAGAUCAAGAAAGUCAAGAACUGGUUGCAAAAGUAUUUGAUGGUAUUCCUGCUGCAGAGGAGGUGAGAAUAGCAAAAGAUAAGGGAAUUGCUGGACAUGUUAUGUCUACUGGUCAAGUACUUAACAUCAGAAAUGCCUAUGAGCAUCCUUUGUUUUACAAGGGUGUAGAUGAAGCCACUGGCUUUAAAACAAGGUGUAUUCUGAGCUUUCCCAUCCGUGAUGAAACAGGCAUCAUUGGAGUGGCUCAGCUUUGCAACAAGAUUGGCGGGUUGUACUUUGAUGUUUAUGAUGAGGAGGCUGCUGUGGCUUUCAGCAUUUAUUGCGGGAUCAGUAUCAUGCACAGUCUGGUGUACAAGAAAAUUCAAGAUGCCCAAGCUCGAAGUAAACUUGCAAAUGAGAUGAUGAUAUACCACAUGCAGGUUCAUCCUGAGGAUGUUUCUCGUGUCUUAAACUGUGAGCGUGCUCAUGAUCUCAUGCCCGAAAUUGAUCUCUUUUAUUUCUCACCCCGCAAAAUUGAAGAGUCAGAAUGUGUAUGCUACUGCGUGGAAAUGUUUGAUGAUCUUGGCCUCGUUCAACAGUGGCAGCUGAAGAGAGAUACCCUGACGAGGUUUCUUUUAUUUGUUAAGAAGGGGUACCGAGAUGCUCCGUAUCACAACUGGUACCAUGCAUUUUCAGUAUUUCAUUUUUCUUAUCUUGUUAUUAAGAACCUCCGUCUUGUGGAGAGGGGAUUUAUAUCUUCAUUGGAAGCCUUGGCUUUCAUGGUGUCUUGCCUGUGUCAUGAUCUUGAUCAUAGAGGAACUACCAAUUCAUUUCAAAUGCAAUCAGGCACAGAGUUAGCCAGUUUAUACAGUUCAGAAGGAUCUGUCAUGGAGAGACACCAUCUAGCUCAGGCUUUGUGUAUUCUCAACACAGACGGCUGUAACAUAUUUGAUGGACUCACUGGUGAGCAGUAUGGAAAAUGUUUAGAUCUGAUUCGAGACCUCAUUCUUGCAACAGACUUGGCUCAUCAUAUUCGUCUAGUACAAGAUCAAGAAAAGAUGGCUUCAGAAGGAUUUGAUAUGAAUAGCACUCAACAUCGUCAACUUCUUCUUUUCCUUUUAAUGACUUGUGCUGAUCUUAGUGAUCAGACAAAAGAUUGGAAGGUUUCUCGCACUACUGCAGACUUGGUUUACCAGGAGUUCUUUUCUCAAGGAGAUCUUGAAAAGGCCAUGGGUAAUGCUCCUCUGGAAAUGAUGGAUCGUGAAAAAGCUCGAAUUCCAGAUCUUCAAAUCCAGUUCCUUUCCCACAUAGUCUGUCCUGUUUUCAAAAUCCUGGCACAACUUUUCCCAGAGGCUGACUGCCUUCUUCAAUCCACUGUGAAAAAUCGUCACUGCUGGGAACAAGCAUCUGCUUUCUUUGCUCGUAAAUGGGAGAGUGGACAUUCUUCUUUGGAUAUUUUGAGGGACUUGGAGCUAGAAUGUUUUGCUGAUGGUGCUCCUCAUUGAUCUGAUGUUCUGUUCAUUGGUUUCUUUGUUUUUGAUUUUGUGCCGUAGAGUAGAGAGUUUUGAGGAUUGCCUUCAGAAUUGUUUCUCAAAAUUUGUUAUGACUUGUGACAUUUGAUUAAUUAUAUUUAAAGGCCUCAUGAAUCUGUGUUAUUUAAAUGUGAUGUGGUUUUUGAAAUGUAUGUACUGGAAUUUUAUCAUGUUCUGGUAUCAGACACUUUUUUCUCUUCAAGAACUCAACUGAGCACUGGAAAUCAUUAUUAUAAAAGUUCAAAGUCCUUUUGUGUUCAUAUCGAAGAUAGGUAACCUAUUUUUCUGUGAUCAAAUUUGUGCUAUCUACUGUGCCCUUUCUCAAUUUAAAGAAAUAUUUCUAAGGUCAGAUGCACUCUGUUUCCCCAUCUGUUUUGGUCUUGCUGCCUUAGACAUCACAAGGUAGUUUCAUUGUGUUUUCAUGUGAUACUAUGAGUACAUUUUGAAUCAAUUUUUGACUAUCAUAAUCCCAGGAUGUUGGAUACCCCCCUUUCUGUCUGCCUUGAGUUAUCACUUUUGUAAUUUGAAUUCAAGGAAAUGUCUUCUCUUAUUUCCAUUCUAACGUGUUAAUGUUUGAGUUGUGAGUUGCAUCUCUUUGGAAUGAUGGCCUAGUUUUGUUCAAGACAGUAUUAGUGCUUUUUCUGAUUAGUAUAUUUUAGAAAUAUUGCGGGUUUACCUGAUUUUACUCGCCUAAUGCACAUUCACAAUGUUUUCUGUGUAACAGCAUUCUGCAGUUGAUGCAGACACCUGCUUGAGCUGCGCUGGCUGCUGCUCAAAUAUGAUGGAAAUGUUUGUUGUUGGUGCUGUGCCAUUUCCAGGUGUACACUUGUAGAUUGUUGUUGUAGUUGCGUUUGGGCCUUUCUUGGCUGUGAAAUAUUUUGUGAUAUAGUAUUGAUUGUUGUAACUUGUUUUCUCUAGUUUGUGCCAUUGUUAAUUUGAGGAGUGAAUGUUAAUAAUCGGUCAGUAGCUGCACUGAGCACCCUAACUGUGCAUGUUCAAGACCCUGAUUUGUUUGGGGCACAAAUAUCAUUUGGACGGAGCAUCAAUUCUAUAUUUGAAUCUUUUAAACAUUGUCUUAUGUAUGGUAAAUGGGGGUAGAAUUUUCUCUCUUCUGACUUUUGGAAAAUGGACGUGAAGGAUAUACUGAUACAGUAGCUCAUCUUUUUAUGAAAGACAGUUUUCAUUGAAAACUAAAAAAAAUUAGCUACCUCCUUACGGUACUGCUUUACACGGCCUUCAAUAUGCUCAUAAUUAAUGUUGGUGCUACAAUUAUUUCAUGCGUUUAGAUUCCUUUUUUCAAUAUAGAAUGCCGUACUUAUUGGCUUGCAAGGCGACUCUUUUCCCUCGUGCCCGUCGCUGAAAACGGUACUUGUCCCAUAUGCCAUGUUUUCUCACGUGCUCGUAAUUAAGAUUUGAAUUUGUUAGACUUUAGUACAUUUUUGCGUGCAUUAUAAUUUUGAGCGUUGUGGAUUUUGUCACAAAUAUUGUGUGUACUCUAGUCUAGCUGGGGUGGUAUGUUAGUUGAUGCUAAUAUGUGUGAUGCUUAUUUUUCACUACCUGAGAAUAGAGACCCCACAAUGGACAUUAAUUUGAUUUUCUAUUGGCUGAGACCCUGAGGAUAUAGUUUCUCGUACACUAUAUUUGACAGUGAGUGAGCCAGCCUAUCACAUUGUGUUCUUUUAGUUUUCUGUUAGACUAGAUUCUACCCGUUCUUCUCUCUCUUGUUGUUCCUCAAGUGAGGAAAGGAUCUUUAAUGUUGUGACAAAAGAAGAAGCACUUGACAAACUUGGUUGUUUUGUAAAGUCCUGAAAUUUUAAAAGGAUUGCCCAAGAUGCACGUUAUGUAAGAAACAUAAUGCACAAUGGUAUUUGUGUUUUCAUUUAAAGUUGUUUUUGGCCAGGUCCCCAAAAUAGUUCUCAAUUUUUGUGUAGUGUUUGAAUAUGUAGAUGUUUUAGGCAUCAAUGGAAAGUUACAGUAUGCUUUUAGCUUUUUCUAUAAAAGCCAUAAGUUACCGGCUUAAAGUGUACUUAUCUUGUGUCCUAUGUACCAAAUUCACUCCAUAUAAGGUAGUGUGACUUAUCUUUCAGUAACAACAUUUUCUUUAGUGGUCAUAUUCCCAAUUGUAUCUCCUCUGAUAUAAAAUGGGAAAGUCAAAACAACUAACUUCCAAUUCCUUAAAGUAAGCAGCGUGAAUCAUUGUUAGAGCAGUAAGCAGUACUUUAAGAGGCAGGAGUAGGGUCAGUGCGGGGAAAACCUGGACAGGGGAAGAACUGAACACCCCACAUUUUGCUUCAAAUGCCUUAUGCUCUGGCUUUACAACUAUCAUGUAAUGAACCGCUGAUGCCACGGAACAACUUGCCUAACAUACGGUAUUUGAAGUAAAUUAUGGGGUGUUCAGUUCUUUCCCUGUCUAAUUUUUCCCCACCCUGACCCUAGGUAAUAUUUUGAUGGGCUUUAUAAAUUUUGCAUUAUGAUGGCUUUGCUGGGUAUUGAAAGUCUAACAUAUGCUUGGGAAUUUAUCUAUUUGAAGCCCUAUAUGCUAUGUUUCAUGUGCAAAAUUACAUCUAUAAAAUUUAACAAUAGGGCGAUCUCCUAUGAAAUUUAACAUAUCACAUGCUGCAGAUGUGCAUAGCAAGAAAAUGCUUCAAAUCAUGGUUGCACAGCCAUCAAUACAAUACUGUAUCAAUGCAGAUGUGCUAUUUAUCUGCUUUUUGGUUUUGUGGUACUAAAGAUAAAAUUGUAAAGGAUCUAAGUGCAUGGAAAUGAUUGACUGCUGCAUCUUUGGUUAUUUCUUCUUGUCUUGUGCUAGUAGCGUUGUAUUGAUUUCAGUAAGACUAUUAUAAAGAGGAAAAUUUAGGAGCCUUAUGCUUUUUACUGUUUAUCUCAAUCAGAUUCCAUAAGUCAAAGACUUCAUGCUGUGGCCUAUUGUUUAUUAUGAUAAUGUCAUUAAAAGUGAAUGUGUACAUUUGGUGUUAAAAGUAAACUUCUCAUGGAAGUUAAAAUUUUAUUUUACUAUGACUUUUGUCUGUAAAUUUGUUUACAGUAGAUGCUAGUGUGUUGGAUCUCUGCAUGUUGCUUCUGCAUUUUAGAUCAAGUACACAAAAUUUGCUCAAAUUCAACUAUUGUAUAUGUAUGAUUUCAUUGUUUGUUGGUACAUCCCUGGUGUCUAUCUGGCAAGCAAGUGAGGGUGCUGAGGUCUUUAAAGGUUCCUUGACCACCAAAAAGUACAGUAACAUGAUUUUAAUUUGUAGGUAGCUGUAUUGAUUUUACAACCAUUGCGCUUUGUGCAAGUUUGUUUUGUACAUCAUGUAGCUAGGUCCCACCAAACAGGUAGUGCAUUGCCUCUUCCCGUGAUUGAGGUUGAGUCCUGGGGACCUAGUUAUGUCCGAUGUGGUGCAUUAGGUACUGGUUUCCUAGGUGAAUAAAAGCUAGUUUUCAAAAUAGUUUUCAUAGAACCAGAACCUAGAAAAUAUUGUGAAUUGAUUAGUUUCUUCUUCACAGUUCAUUUAUACAUUUAUUAAUAUGUUUGUUAUUUAUUUUUUAUUGUUUCACAUCUUUUUUUAAAAUGCAAUAGUGUUAUUGACACCUUUCUGUCAGUUUUAUUGUUUGCAAGGUGUUUGGAUGUGUGUGUGUGUGUCAAACUGAGCAGUUGUUUUAAUUUAGCUCACCCCUAGUUUACAAAUGAAGCAGUACAAAAAAGAAAAAAUUGUCUCUACUUGUGAUAAUUAUCAAAUAUGUUUUAAUAUGUGCUUGCCAAAGGGUGCGCUUCGUUUAAAGAAAACAUAAUCCAUGUGGUAAUUUUUUAAAAAAAUCUAAUGAUCUUUGCUUUUGCUUAACAAACUGCUCUUUUUAGCCUGCCUUUUCAUGUGCUUUUUGCUAUUUGCAGAUAAACAUAUCAUUGUAAGACUGGUAAUGAGUAGAUUUGUUUUGAUCAGUAACAGAAUCACAGAAAUUUUGGUUUCAUAUUAUUGUAUGAAACUGACUUUGCCUGGAACACAGUCUUUGCAGAGUUAUCUUCAAGUCGGUUAGCUUUGUUGAAUAACCAGUCCAUUCCUAUUUGUUUAGGUGAAUUUAUGGUUCAAGAUGUGUUGGCAUCUAAUUCUGUGUUGCAAGCCUGCAUAUGCAUCAAUUAUUAGAAAUUUGGACUGGAAUUAUCUGACAAUCAGACUUCAGACUAGCCAGGCCUUGACUUUGUGCAAAGCUAUCCAAUAUUCAAGCUUCAUCCGAAGCACCAACUGAAAUACACUAAAUGUUUAUCUUGCUUACCUGAGCUUUUGUCUAAAAUUUACAUUUGUCUGGCUGAAAAGAGCACGUUAAACAGCAUUUAAGCUGACAAACUAAGCACACUCAAAACCAUGGCUCAGCAAAGCUGAUCAGCCUUAAAAUUGACUUAAAGCAAUACUGAUAUUUGUGAUGAAAGUGUGUUGUCAAGUGUCUGUAACAAUUUGCUCAAAUUGUGUCGGUUCCGAGUACAUAAUAGCCACUCCAAAACAGUGUGUUGGUUUAUGACACUUGUUUUUGUAAUCCCACCUCGAGAUGCUGAAUUAAUAAAAAAAAAGUUAAUGUG